UUUGUGAGGUUCUUUCCAAUACGGCUCCAAAGUGGACCCAGGCGGGGAGGAGUCGCUCCCACGUCGGCCAGAAUACCGGGUCCCUUCGAACUCAUGUUGGGAGCGUUGUUGGAAAUCCCCUCCUCUUAGGAAUGAAACCGGCCUGUUCGUCUUUCCAAAUCGAAUAGCAAGAAAAUCCUCAGGUGACGAAGUCUACGUGACGUGAUGGUCACCCCCCUCCCCCCGCCAUUGAACCUUGCAUCGUGAGGAAGUGUUCACGGCAACCUGAUUCAACAGAGUACCGCCAAAGCGUCAUCACAAAAAUAGCAUCAUGAGGCUGGGAGGGGGUUUUCGAUCGGAUAAAUUCUGAUCAGACGGUCUGCAAGAGCCAGACUGCCGAUGCAACAAGGUUUAUGUGCCUCGCCGAGAGGGACAUAUCCGAUAGGAGGGACCGUGACAACGUCGUCCGGAGUGUACCCCAUACCGUCGCAUCACUCAAAGAGCUGGCUGGAUGGUGUGACGGGAUGACAUUGUUCCUACCACCCACCACACGCAUACGUUCGUUGGGAUGCGAGAGAGAGGGGGGGCAAAAUGCUCCUCUCGAACGGCCUAGGCACGUGGCGACGCGUCCGGCGUUGAAGCUUCGGUUCCCAGCAGCCUGGACAAGCAACGGAUGUUUCCCGCUCGUCGAAACAUCAGGCCACAGGCCCAAGACAGCCUCGGGCAGAAAGUUGUGGCAAAUGGAGAAGUCACGGUCGAGACCCGUCUGUCUUGAUGAUUCAUUUAGUAACGCAGGUGCGCCUCCACGAACGAAGGGUUAUUUCUUGUCGUCGCGGUCGGUCGCCACCUCCAUCGACGACUCUCGCGUCUCGACCCUUGCUAAUUUGCACGAGACAAGCGCGCAAGCCUGACUUACGGUGAUUGUCGGGCGAGUCACCUUGUGGAUGCGGAUAGCAUCUCUGGCGUCGUCCGGCC